CUUGCCCUAUUUUUCUACCAAGUCUCCUCUUCCUUCGGCGGCAAGGAAUUGACUCUCCCGCGAAGCUCAGGCAGUUUUCAUUGUGUUCGUUUAGGUUCUUUGGGAGUUUUCUGUCCUAAAUCUUCACUGGUUUUUCUGCGAUCCUUUUUCGAGCGACGAAUUAUCUUAUCGUCAAGAGAUGGCGGCUAAACCACUUACUACUGAGGCUAUUGCCGUAACUGAGAAGAAGAUGGACAUGGCUUUAGACGAUAUUAUCAAAAUGUCCAAAAAUACUGCAAAUAAAGCCAGGAAGGAAAGAAGGUUUUCGAACAAAAUGCAGAAAUUUCCAAAUAAUGCUACUCAAGAUAGACCNUUUUUUUUUGGGGCUUUGGCCAAAAGAAGGUCAAAUUUUCAAGGGAAUCAGUUUGCUUUGACAACUGAGGUUGCAAGAAGGGCUGUAGUUGCUCCAACUCGCCCUAGAGCUUUUUAUCGUAGGGCACCCAACUGGAAUAAGACAAGGGUUGAUGCUCCACCGGUUCCAAGAAAGCCUUUUAAUAAUCGAACCUUUGUUCCCAAGGUAGCUGCACCGGCCCAGCCACAAACCAAUGCCACGCUGAGACAGAGACCACAAACAAAUGCUACGCAGAGACAGAGACCACAAACUCUGGACUCACUGUUUGCCAACAUGAAGGAACAGAGGCUGAGGGUGUUGUCACAGCGACAGAAUGGCGCCGCACAACAACGGAAUGGUGGUCGCCAGCAAAUACCUCCAUGGCAAAGAGGCCGUUUUGGUAACUGAAGAACACGCCCACACGCCAACACGCCAACACGCCAACAUCGUGUAAUAAAUGGAGUAUUUGUAUGGGAAAUGUAGAUGUUGCUUGCUUGUCCUCGGCCGAUAGCUGAUACCAUCAAAAGAAAGGAAUCUAGUUGUGUCUUGUCAUUUUUUUUUUACCCAAACCUUUGGCUUGCUGUUUUUAGCGUUUCUAGCGUUUUUAGCAUUUUUAGCAUUUUUAGCUUCAUUAUGAUCAAAUGCUAUAAAAGUUGUAUCUGCCGUUCAUGUAAAGUUUUCUUUUUAUUUUAACUUACUGUUUCUGUUCUUAUGGUC